AUGAGUGAAAACAAGCCGCGGUAUCGUCAGAAGCGAGGCAAAACCAAACGUUAUUUUGAGCCGCUGGAUGAAGAAUUUUUACCCGAUGAUUUGGGAGAAAAACGUACCGGAGCUAUUGGCCUUCUCAAUUCCUUAGGCCAACAGAAAAUUGUCGAGCAAGUUAAUGAAGCUGUGAAGUUUCAUUUCAACUUGAAGCCGUUGUUGCCACAGUUCAAGAAAGUUAAGAAGCCGAAGCAGAGAGGAAAGCUUAGUUCUAAGCAAUUGAAAGUCUUGAAUCGAAGAAUGCUGUUGACAGAAAAAUUCAAGUUUGUUGACGUGGAGCCACUUCAUGAGCUAUGGAAGCAAUACGCGAUAGAUUUCCUUGACCUGGAUCGGGGCAAAUCCCUAGUUUUUGAUCCCUCCGAUUCUCAGUAUUCGUCCGUGCUUGCCAGAAUCGCUAAGCUGGACUUUCAUGGCUGUCUCAUCGCAGUUCAGCGAGCCUUUUGUCCAUCGAACGUAGGAGUUUCUGGGAUCAUUAUCCAGGAAACACGGUUUACGUUUCGGAUUGUUACUCGAAAAAAUCAAGUCAAGACUCUGAUGAAGGACGGAUCUAUCUUUGACUUCACCUUGCUCGACCUUAAGUUUUCGGUGAUCGGUUCCUCCAUUUUGAUGAGGCCAGUGGAAAGAUCUACAAAGAAGAUGAAAAUUUCACAGCCCAUCUUCCACUUUGCGUUGAAGUCGUGAUUGAUUGUUAUUGCUGUACCUGCUAAGGAUGUUCAGGAAAACAAAAGCUUUUCCCCUUUUCACGA